UCAAGAAGAAGGAGGUGUGGAGAGAGUCUAGAAGGAGGUUUAACUUAGAAGUUUAGAAGGUCUGGGGAGAGAAGACAAUGGGCUCAAGGAUGGGCACCUUGUUUGCCUGGAAUUUCAGCAUCCUGCUCCUGACUAGCAGUGUAGUCCUGUGGCAAAGCGAGGGAAUGCAUGCCUAUGCCGGUUUGGUGGGGAGCGUUAGAGCACGGAAAGUUUUGGGUGGAGGAACUAAUCCGAGCUUCCUGGUGAUAGGCGAGACGGAGCUGAUGAAAAAUCUUGGUGAUGUACUCGCGUCAAGAAGUGACAAAUCUUCAGGAGCGCAGUUUUCCAUCCAGGACCUUGCCCUGUCUUCAAAUGGCAGCACCAUCUUUUACGCGGAACAGUGUCAUUCGACAGAUGCCACUGGAAGUCAGGUUGUCUCCACGGUGAAGAGGGCAGAACUGCUACCCGACGGGAAGUAUGAGAUUGUCAAUUUCACUCGGUCCUGGGACUGGGUCAUCAAUGGCGUCCUCAUCCUCGAUGCGAACUACUUGAUUGUUGCAGUUGGCGAUUGUGUGAACACCGGAUUCCAGUCGGUGGACGUAAGUACCGGAAAGGCUGCAGUUCUGACCCCCGUGGACUGUCCAUUGAGAAUCGCCAAACAUCCGUUACACCCGUACAUCUUCAUUUCAGCAGAUACGCGCAUCUACGGCAUGUCUAUCGCUCCUCCAUCGGCACUGACCACACUACCGUCGGUGUCGAACAGGAGUAACCUUGCAGGUCCAGUCUGCGCAGCUCAUAACUCUAGCUAUAUCGGGUACUGCGCUGACGAAGAACCUCUGAAUGCACACACAGAUAGUCUAGAUCCAUCUCGAGUCCGUUUCGACUGGCCACUCAUAGGAGCACGGGCAAUUUCAACUGAUGGGAAGAGCUUGUAUGUGGCCGACCUGUAUAAUAACGCGGUGAGACGGGUGAACACCUUUACGGGGGCCACAGAAACCAUAGCGGGCAACGCUGAUGCUGUGGAAGGCGAUGGUGGUCCGUCCUUUGCAGGCUUCAAUGAACCAUGUGCUCUGGCCGUAACCCACGAUGGCUGCAACCUCUUUGUGGCUGAAAGAAAAGGAGGAGCCAUCCGAUGGCUGACAUUCCAACAGCCUCAUGGGAAUGUGCUUGCUGUCAAAACUGUUGCGCUCGUUCGCAAGUCGAAUGAUUCGCUUGGGUCCUUCAGGUCUCUCAUCCUUUCAGAGGAUGACAACUGCCUCUAUGCAGGCACCGAUGAUGGGCAGAUUUUCAAGAUUGGAGUGAACCAUUCCGCACUCCACCAGUGCGGCGUGUCUCCACCUUCAGCAUCUGCCUAUAGCAGCUGGCCAUCUAUGCCUGCGUCCACUAUGUUGUCUAGUGAGGGGUUAGCUCCUAAUACUGGUGAGCUGAUGUCGACGACGUCUCCUUCAAGCAUAUCACCCACCACUGUUUCCUCUUCAAGCGAACUCUUAGCAUAUUCAUCUACCUUGCCACCGUUACCUUCCUCUACCAGCCCACCUUUAGAACUACUGGCUUCUAGCUCCAUACAUGUAUCACCUUCAAGCUCCUCUUCUUCAUCUGCAUCUGUGUCGAGCCCACCUUUGGAGUCAGCUUCUAGGUCCAUGUCUUCAUCUGAUUCAUCAUCAAGCUCUUCUUCUUCAUCUGCAUCUCAUGGUCCUUCACAUUUGGCUCCAUCUUCAGAGUCAAUGAUGAUGCCCUUCCCUGGUUCUGAGUUUUCACCGCACCCAUCCGCUUACAUCUCGCACGACUCAGCUUCCAGCCAUUACGAUGGUCUUUCAGACUCAUCUGCCGUCUCUUUGGUUGGCAGCUCCCUUUCGGGGUCAUCACCCUCUUCGCCACUGGGUGCGAGCCAUGAGAAUGGAAGUCCGGGCAAGACAUCCGCACUGGUUGUAGGUUUGGCAGCGGGGCUCACAGCAGCGGUUGCGGUAUCAUUCCUGGCGAGCUGCAUUGUACUGUACGCGUUGAAGCAGCACUGGCGGUCGGAUUGUAGUAGCAAUAAGCAAGUACCAGCUAGUGCAAGUGCAAAGGAGAGCAAGCCAGAGUCGGUGAUUGUGACAGAUAGCAACACUUCUAGAUCUGCUUCGACUCCCGCUCACAUUUCAAAGAGUGGUAUGACGAAGUUCACGCUUGCAGAAAUACAGAAAGCGAUUCAAGAGGGGCAUUGCUUAACUGGAAAGGGUGGCGGAUUCGGUGACGUUUAUCGAGGUUCAAUGGAGAUAGAAAACGGAAAGGCCACCGUCGCCAUCAAGGUAAUGAGAGGUGCAUGUGACGAGAUCAAGCAUAAGCAAUUCAUGGCCGAGCUGAACACGAUUGGUCAGGUGCGACACAAGAAUCUCUGCCAGAUUUUGGGUUACUGCACCGAGGACGAGAAAUACUUUCUCAUCUACCCAUUCGUUUCAGGUGGAAGUUUGUAUGACCACUUGCACAGUUCAUUCGACAUGGCGGUCCCCACAAGUGAGCCGCUUGAACGGGCACAGACCACUCCUCCUGCCUCGCACGGAACAGAUCUCUUGACCUGGAGGGAUCGAAUGUCUAUUGCGCAGCAAGUAGCAGAGGGCUUGUGUUAUCUCCAUCAUUCCUUGGAGCCUCCAAUAUUGCACCGCGAUGUUAAGAGCCGUAACGUGCUUCUUGAGCGAGUACAGAAUGGGAAUCGAUCUAGUGUCCGUGCUCUUUUAACCGACUUUGGGCUCGCCAGGCCUGGCAUUGCAGCUGAGGACCAGGAGAAGACUUUUACGGGUGAGGAGACAGUGCCCACACUCACACGUUCAGGUACUCCAGGCUAUAUGGCUCCGGAAUACGCGAACGGCGCGAAGCUGACGAUGAAGAACGACGUGUUUGCAUUUGGGGUCAUUCUCAUGGAGCUGAUUACAGGUCAAAAGGCCAUAACCGGGUUGACGAGGCAUGACUCACACCCAGUCAUGCUUUACACUCUGGCAAGAAAAUGGCUGUCUCGGGACAGUCUGACCGUCAAGCAGCUGGACGAGAUCAUGGAUCCAACGUUAGUGCCUUCGCUGACAGCUCACGAAAGGGAGAUGAUUCACAGGGCUGGAAAGCUCGCCUGCCAGUGCACGGAUGAUAUUCCAUCCGAGAGGCCACUCAUGCAAGCAGUAGUACAGCAGCUGUUGAUCAUAGGGCAAGAUCGCAACUCCACCUUGCAGUGACUAUCACCAUAAUUGCAGUCAGCUCUUGAGAUCUAGGCUUAAGAAC